AUGAAAGCUAGUCCGCGCCCUGGCGUGUGCGCCACCCGGAGAGACCUCCAGCACGUCAGUCGCCAGGCCGGGCGUGCAGUGCUGCUCCCAGGUUCAUGGGCAUCCUCCAGGACGUUGGAUUCGUGCCCGGUGCCCGGGGAUGGCGAUGGGGCAAUGAAUACACCAAGAGACAGCGCCCCUGCCCUCGGAAAGGCUGGAGGCUGUCAGGAAUGUUUACACAAUAGGGACGAGCCCUCCUGUAGACGGUUUAGCCCUAGAGAGUCCGGACGACUUCUGAUCCGGCUCUGGCUACUGCAGGAAGCCAUUAUGGAAGCUACUCGAUAUCGUGCCCACAAACAGCGUCAUCCUAGGGGCCAAGAAAUUAAUCCAACCCGCCCCUGUGCGGUCACGACCCAGCUGGGAGACCCUCCCCCACCCCCCGUGCCCCCGCCUCUCCUUAGUAUCUGUUUGUCGGUGUCCUUAGUCAGACCCUCAAACAUGAAAGAGCGAGUGGAUUCCUCCAUAAACCAAUGGGAUGUGGGCAGCUUUCCUCUGACCAUUAAGAAUCUGGAGACAUCAGACUCGGGGAUCUACUUCUGUGAGGUGGAAGACAGGAAGCAGCAGGUACAACUCCUAGUGUUCAAGGUGACAGCCAAUCCAAGUGAGUCUGUGCUCUCUGGGAACAACGUGACUUUAACUUUGCACAGCCCUCCCAACCUUUCUGAACUCAAGGUGGAAUGGCAUGGUCCAGGAGAUAAAAGUAAAAGGAUCCUGAGUUCAAACAGGAAAACCUUGAACUUGCUCCAAGUGGAUCCUACGGAAGGGGGAGACUGGGACUGCACCGUCUCCAUAAAUGGCAAAAGCCUUAAACUGAGCAAAAAAGUCACAGUACAUGGUUUCGAAUGCCUCUCCAAGCACUACUAUACGAUAUCGGGCAAAGAUGCCGAAUUCACCUUCCCUCUAAAUUUAAAAGAGCAGGAACUGGCCCGGAUGCAGCCAAAUGGAGAACUGACUUGGCAGGUGAAAGGGGCUGCCCGGUCAGCCAAGUUUUCAUGGAAGGAUGACUCCUUGACUCUCGACAGCAAGUUUAAGUUUAAGCUGACUAAACGCCACCCGAUCACUUUGAGUCUCUCCCCAGUCUUGCCCCAGCAUGCUGGCUCAGGAGUCUUCUCACUAAUGCUUUCUUCAGGGACCCUGAAACAGAAGGUUGACCUGGUGGUAAUGACAGCUGUGUCCCAGGAUUCAUCACCUCAGCAAUUAUUCUGUGAUGUGCUGGGCCCCAUAAUCUCUGGGCUGACACUGAAAUGGCUGUUAGAAAACCAGACAAAAGAAAUCCUGGAGGUCUCAGAGGAGCAAAGGCAGCUGGAGGUGAAGAAGCCAAAGCCUGGGAUGUGGGAAUGCCAAUUGCUACUCAACGGUACUGAACUACUGAAAUCGAACUCCUUCCAACUGGCAGCAGAGUUGGAGUGGUACCACCCCCUAUAUUUGGGCAUCGGUCUGGGUGCAGGAGCAAGCUUGUUGCUUCUCUCUGGGUUCAUUACAUGCUGUUGUGCCAGGCGAAGGCACAGGCUGCGCCAAGCAGAGCGGAUGUCUCAGAUCAGGAGGCUCCUAAGUGAGAAAAAGACCUGCCAGUGUCCCCAUUGAUUUUAGAAAAACUGUAGCCUGAAGAGUUAAAUAUGAAAGAAGGCUUGCCUGAUUGGUGAAAAACCUCCACCCCUACCUCUUCAGUUUCUAGCCUACUGAAGGCGAAUGUAGGAGGACCGAGACAUUUAGGUUCUCUCGUCCUUUCUACCUCGCACCCUUGUUAUUCUACUGUCCUGUGAUGCAUCCACAACCUAAUCACUAUUACUUACUCCUUCCUUCCUCUGCUAGAGCUCUCUGGAGGUCAUUGCAUCUCACUUGCCUUGGGGCAGAGGGGCAAGAUGGUGCUUCACUCCAUCCAGAGAGUGAGGCCAUGUUGUCUCUGGUAUGUGCUUUCCAGCUUCUUAUAGCCCUUAGACAGAAAUGUUCAGCGUACACACUUAAUCCCUCCUGCCACUAUGCCCUGCUCUAUUUAGUAGCCUAACAGACUUAUGGGUAUACAGUCAGUGUCUUUACUUCCAUUUCGCCCAAACCUAGGAAAUCUUCAUCCUCCUGAUAAUCUCCUUGGGGGCAGGGACUACCUUUUCUGUAUCCCCAGCACUUAACAGUGUGCCUGGCACAUAACAGGCAUUGAAUAAAGGGUUUUGAUUGAUUUGAUGAACUGUCUUCUCUCCUCCUUCACGACUUCAGAUCCUUCAUUAAGCUUUUAUUGACUGAUGCCUCUUUUUCUCCUUCUGAUGUUCUGGGCUAUGGAUGACAGUGGGGGCCCAGAGAGAGGCUAGAAUUAAGUUUGUAAACUUCUGGAGAGGUCUAGGUUGGGGACUGAUAUUCCCGGGUUCUUGGCUAUACUUGUUCCUGCGCUAUAGUUCUCUGUAUUUCACCCAGUCCCUUCUCUCCUUCAACCCCUUCCAACUCCCCAUCAGGACUCUAGAAUUUGGGACCUGAAAAUCAACCUUCUCUUCCUGGGUCAGUCUUUUCCCCAUGCUCCUAGCCUUUGUCCCUACCUUAGUCUCUAUCCUUCUACCUUUCAAUAUAUUCCUUCUCUUCUUUCCCUUCUAACUCUGUCUCCUCAAAGUGACUUGCUCAGGAUAAGGCUCCU